GGUUGGGCACCCGGUCUGGAUUGUUUUAAUGGUGUUAGUAGGUUAGAAGUACAUAAAUUAAUUGAAUAUAUUAGAGGCUUAGAUGAUAUUACAGAUCAGACCCCAGAAAUUGAUGUGCAACAGCGGGUUAGGUUGUACUUGCUAUGGCUUUGUGGCGGCACGAUAUUUCCGGAUAAGUCUGGUGACUUACUUAAUUUAGAUUAUUUGCUUGACAUGCGUGACCUUAGAGCAAUGAAUGAACAAGCUUGGGGAGCGGCUGCAUUGUCAUAUUUGUAUACUUGUUUAUGCCGUGCUUCGUUGAGGAAAGCCAAGGAUGUGUGUGGAUUCAUUUCCUUAUUGCAGGUACGUGACCUUUAAAAUUAUAUAAUUUUAUUUGGUUGUCCUAUUUGAUAGUUAUAAGGUUUUUAUGUAUUUAUUUUUAUUUUUUAAUAUAGGUUUGGGCUUGGGAGCGCAUUAUAUCGAUGCAGCCACCAUGCAGGGCUCUUCCGCCACACACGGCUCUUGCACGAAGGUGGACUCAUCGUAAAUCCCACGAAAAUGAGGCACGUGAUGUUUUACCCAUAUGUAGGGAUGUAUUGGACAACCUAAUAGAUGGCCAGUUUGUGUGGCAGCCUUAUUCAGAGGCCAUCAUCAAUAGACUCCCUGAGUGGUGUCUGCGUGGCCGAGAUAUUUGGAUGGCGAAGGUUCCCCUUAUUUGUGGGAUCUAUCGAGAGUGGCACAUGGUAGACCGCGUUCUCAGACAGUUUGGUAGGAAGCAACAUAUUCCGGGUCCAUGUGCAGAGAUUGAUCCUUUUCAUUACAAACGUGACAAGCGGUAUGCUAUAAAAGUGGAGGAUCAACAAUAUUUUACAGAAACAAACUUUUUGUGGGGAAAUCGUCGAGAUAGUUUAAUUCUGGCCGAGUAUGAAACUCAAGAUCCAGAGUCACUAUCAAAGUAUUUUUGUUGGUAUCGACGUCACUCGCGCACUUUCAUAGGAAAUCCUGCGCAUAAAGUGGAUAGAGGAUACCAACACAUGGCAGGCAGGCAUGAGGCACUGGCUUUAGGACAUCAAGAAUCAUACAGGUUGGCUCAGCAGACUAUCCAAGAUCCAACCAAGUCUAAUGAAGUGAAGGAAAUAGCAGAGAUGUUUAGCCACAUUAAUACAGAGUCCAUGGUUGUUGCCUCUCUGGGGACGAUGUUGAGUUUCGCUCCAUAUUAUACACCACCGGCAGAGUAUGUUGAGCCGCCUACUAUGCAAGUGCCUCGUCAUCAACGUCCUAAUGUACCAAGACCUGCGGCGCGUGGUAGAGGAUGCCAAUCAGGUAACAGACGGGGUCGAGCUCCCGUGGAUCACCAGUUGGUUGAUGAGGAAGAGGUUCGUUUUGAUCAAGAUAUUCCCAGCUCAACGAUGCAUGCAGAUGAUGAUGCAUAUCACCCAAUAAUAGAUUUUAUGUCCAGCUCAUCGACGUCUGCUCCUGAGGUUCAAUCACUAGCGGUAAUCAGAAGUGAGGGGCCUUUUCAGGCAUUCGCAUCGUCUGGGCCUAUUAGCCUGGCAGUUAUGGCCCAACAGUUUGGUGGUCAGACAAGCAGCUCUUAUGGGAUGACUGAGGGGCCUUUACCUGCAUUCACUGGACAGAGCUCUUCAAUUGGGAGGAGACUGAUUUUUACCGAUUCUUCCAUGGCAUUUGAUGUUGGAUCCUCACACAUUUCUGUGCCGGAUGUACAGACUUUAGAGCCACAGAUGGAAAAGUUACUGUUUUUAUUUGCCAAUUUCUGUCUGUUUUUAUUUAAUUCUGGUUCACCUCGUUUCUGCAUAUUUAAUGUGUGUAAAGUUUGCAACAAAAUUGAAUUGGAAAACGUUGGAGUGUAA